CCGGAGGGCGGCGGGGCCACGACGGGCCGGGCCGCCAUCUUGGCUGAGGGCAGCUUCGGCUUCACGUCCGGCAGAGAGCGGCGGGAGCGGCCGCCAGCUUGGCUGAGGGCACCGACGCGGAGGGGCGGAGGGAGGGAGGAAGCAGCCGAACCCAACCCCGCACUAGGCCGCGCGCAGGAGCUGCUGCCGCGGGAGGCGGGACGGGGCGGAGGGGCCGCCAGGGCAGCGCCCGCGGGCACGCAGCGAGGCCAUGGGGAGGAUCGGGCUGCAGCUGCGCGCCACGCUGGAGAACAUCACCCGGCUGCGGGCCGAGGGCGAGGAUUUCCGCUGGUACCUCAAGCUGAAAUGCGGGAACUGUGGUGAAGUUUCUGAAAAAUGGCAGUACCUGCGACUGAUGGACAGUGCCCCCCUGAAAGGAGGCAGAGGAAGUGCCACUAUGGUGCAGAAGUGCAAGCUGUGCUCCAGGGAGAGCUCCAUUGAUAUUUUAAGUCAGACAAUCAAGCCUUACAAUGCUGAAGACAGCGAGAAAUUCAAAACGAUAGUGGAGUUUGAAUGCCGAGGUCUGGAACCAGUUGACUUUCAACCACAGGCAGGGUUUGCUGCUGAAGGUGCAGAAUCUGGCACACCUUUCAAUGACAUCAACUUGCUGGAAAAGGAUUGGAAUGACUAUGAUGAAAAAACAAAGGAAUCUGUUGGAAUCUAUGAAGUUACCCACAAAUUUGUGAAAUGCUAAGUUGUAUCCCUCAUAAAUCUUGACAUGCUUACUGAUGGAGGAGCUGUAACCAUCAGAGACACAGUUUCCUUGGAGUUACUUUUCACAUGGCUGUACCAUGUGAAACACAAGUUGUACUUGCUGUCCCCAGCAUGCCCUAAUAAAAUAUUAUCCACAGUG